ACGACAUGAGGGUGAGUAAUUAAUGACAGAAUUUUUAUUUUUGGGUGAACCAACCCUUUAAUUGUCUAUAAAACUUUUAUUGAUUAUUGUUAAUUUAGUACUUUAAGUUAAACUAAAUUAAUUUAUUUAAAUUAAUUUAUUUAUUUAUUUAUUCAUUCAUUUUAUGUUUUCAGUUUUUAUUAACAAUAAUAACCCUGAAAUGAAUAAUAAAGCAAAAUACAGUUCAGCGUCCUGUAAUUUUUCCCAAUUCACCCGCAAUAGGCAGGUGUGGCAAAAAAGUUAAUUUUGGACCUUUGGAAUGUCAGUGUCGGAUUGUGUAAAAGCAGGAACCAAACGUGUAGGUGCCCUUUGAUUUGUGUCACUAUCACUUGCUUUAGUAUGGCAGCAGUAGUUGACAUGAAACCAACACCAGUCAUUGUAAUGCUGUAUAUUCUGAGCUCUUUAUUCUUUUCAUAAUAGAUCAAAUCAUCUAAAGGACUUACAGAAACCAUUGUACAACCAUUGUAGCAGAAAAUGAAGAUUUAGGAAUUCUCUAUCAGUGACUAUUUAAUGUGUUUAAGGUGUUUUAUACAAUCAUACCUUUUAUAAACUGCAUUUUAAAAGUCUAUAUUAAAGUAAACAUGAUCAUCAAACUGUUUUAGGUCUAGUUAAAGCAUCAAAUCAUGCAGCAUAUGUAUGCAGUAAACUACAAUAAGUGUAGAUAACAAAUGCCUAGUAAAUUUGUUAGCAAAAUGUAGCAAAAGUUUUUAAGUGCCAAUGUCAAAACCAACUGUAUUUUUUCAUACCGUAAUUGUUUUUAUGUACUUUUUGUAUAGUUUGUGUGUUUAAAGUACAAUAGGAAGUGUACAUACUAUUUCUUCUAUUUAUGUGUGAUUUUUUUUUUAAUAAUGAAGAAAAUGUAAAUAUAUAUCAUAUAUCUCUGGAUUUAAAUGGUCAUAACAUAAAGUUAGAGUUUGUAUUAUUACAUGGACUUUUCCAUUAGACAUUAUUGUCUGUAUUUGGUAACUUCUCUUAACUGUUGAUUAAAUGUUUUCAUAUCAGCUCCAAAUGCUUAUAUGCUUUAUAAAGUCAAUGUGUUAAUGAAGAUUCAAGAUCCCCUAAUGCUCAGCAGGGCCACCGACGGCAGUUUCACCAGAAUGUACCAUGAUGUAGACAGUUAUAUCCUCUUAUUAUGACCAUUUAAGUCCUAUAUGACGUGACAGUUACUAAAUUAUUAUGGGAUUUUAAGCAAUUUUAGAGGAUUGUAUUCAGGUAACUUUUUAGAUAUUAUCUGAAAUGAUUAUGCUGUAAGUUUUCUUUUUUCUGUUGCAGUGCAAUAUGUGUUGUCAGAUUGCAUACUAUAGUCUUGAAACUAUACUUUAGCUUUAAGAAAACAUUUGUGCUAUUAUAUUUUUUAAAAGAAUCAAUCACUGUAUGAGCCUAGAUGUAGCUAUCUUAAGAUAAACAUGUUUCUACAGAUUACAUUUAAUUCUGCUGUAUUUGUCAGGAAUUGCUUAGCUUAUCAUUUUAGUGGGCAUGUUUUAUUAGGUUUAUGAUAAAUAUUGUAUAUUUUGUAAAUAAGCUCUCAGGGUUGUUUCUGCAGUAGGUGUUUAGUUAAUAAUUUCCCAAAAUGUGACCAGUUAUUGCUUUCAUAUGACCAUGUUAAAGAACCGUCUUCAACACCUGUGUGUCUCACUGUCACUUUAUGCACGCUUUGCACCUGAAACGCUUAAAAUGCAUGAAUUUUGACAUCUGAUUUACCUUGUAAAAUCUUUGUUUUACAGUUUUUAAUGCUGGAAACUAUCUGUGUUGUUGGUACUGUAGCAUGGUUCGAAAACGCGAAAGGGAUUUAACUGGCAGAAUAAAUCUGAAGUAGGCCAUUUACAAAAAGCAAUUUGUUAUCGCUCUCCAGGAAAAUGUCAGGAGACUCAGAAUUAGGAUUCACUGAACAUUUAUUUAAAGUUUUGGUGAUUGGAGACCAUAAAGUUGGGAAAACCAGCUUUGUUAAACGAUAUGUGAAAAAUCAAUUCUACGAGGAGUUGAAAACGACUAUAGGUGUGGAUUUUUCCAUGAAGGUGAUAGAUUGGGACGGUCACACACGGGUCAGAUUACAGCUGUGGGAUAUAGCAGGUCAAGAGCGUGUAAGGGGACUGAACCGCGUAUACUUCAAGGGAUCCAGUGGUGCGCUUGUUGUGUAUGACGUGACAAAUGGGUCAACAUUGGAUGGAGCUCUGAACUGGAAACAUGAACUCGAUGGUCAAGUAAUGCUGAAAAAUGGCAGUCCGAUCCCUGCUGUUCUAUUGGCCAAUAAAUGUGAUGAGACUAAAAUGUGCCAGAGGAAUGCUUCUCUUCUGGAGAAACUCUGCCAGGAGAAGGGCUUCAUUGGAUGGUUUCAGACAUCAGCAAAGGACGAUAUCAAUGUGGAUGAAGCUGCUAAAUUCCUCGUUAAGCACAUUCUCCAGAAUAAUGAGGAAUCAGUGAAAGAAGAAGAGCAGAACAUGCAGAUCAACCUGAAGCAGCAUUCAAAGAGCAACUCUACCUGCUGCUGAUUCAAAAUCCCAGUCUGAGAAGCUUCCUUAUUGAGGUUAAACUCAAGGGAUAACUGUGCAGCAUAGCAUUUUGCAAUUUGUAUAUUUUAUAUAUUUUAUUUUACUGUCAAUGAUUAAUACUCAUCUAAACAUUUUGGGGGCCACGAGCACGUACCAUGUUGAAUGAGUUUCAUGCUGAGUAUCUAAUAAAUACCUCUGCGGCGAUGUGUCUCAUUUCCCUUGCUAAUCUGCUACAUGCUCAUGGGUUAUUAAAUACAUCAGCAUGGAAGGACUGGAGAUCCGCCGUACGCACUUCAGCUUACAACAUUUCAGGAGUGAACAGAAAUACUGUCAAGAUGCCAAAUUCAUUAUGUUUCUCUCUGCAGAAAGCAGCGUGCACAGGGACAUGGCCUAUAUUUUAUAGCCGUCAAAAGUUA